CUUGCCACAGCGAACGCUCGCCCACUAGUGCCCCCCCUUUGCCUUCUCGUCCUAGAUUCUAAGAAGCAAGCUGAGUAACGAACAAACAUCCAUACCUCUGAUGAAUAUCACCAUCAGCGUCCUCCUCCUCGGAGUCGUCCAAACCCUUUCUGCGCUCGUCCGCGGAGCCGGCGAUGACCAGUUCAUCUACUCUAGCUUCACCAGCGCCAACCUCACCAUGGACGGCACGGCCACUGUCAGGCCGGCCGGGCUCCUGGAGCUGACCAACGGCACGCUCCAGCUCAAAGGCCACGCCUUCCACCCGACGCCGCUCCGCUUCCGGGAGAGCGGUGGCGCAGGCGCGGUGAGGUCGUUCUCCACCUCAUUCGUAUUUGGCAUCCUCUCCGCUUACCCAGACAUGAGUGCCCACGGCAUCAUCUUUGUCGUGUCCCCAACCACGGAUUUCUCCACUGCGCUGGCGAGCCAGUACCUGGGCCUCGUCAAUGUCACCAGCAACGGCGACGAGCGCAACCGGAUAUUCGCCGUCGAGCUGGACACCUUGCAGCAGGACGAGUUCCGCGACAUCAACGACAACCACGUCGGCGUGGACAUCAACAGCCUCAUUUCUCUGGACUCCAGCGAUGCCGGCUACUACGAUGAUGAAGGAAGCUUUAAGAAUCUCUCGCUAAUAAGCCACGAGGAGAUGCGAGUGUGGGUCGACUACGACGCAGCUAGCAUCCGGAUCAACGUGACCUUAGCUCCUCUCAGCUUGGCCAAACCUGCCAAGCCGCUGAUCUCGGCCAUCUACAACCUGUCUUCGGUGCUGACCGACAUGGCGUAUGUCGGUUUCUCAUCGGCCACAGGCUCAUUCAACUCGAGGCACUACGUGCUGGGCUGGAGCUUCGCCAUGGACGUUCCUGCUCCGGCUAUCGACAUUACCAAGCUGCCGAAGUUGCCCCGUGAGGGCCCAAAGGCUCGGUCCAAGGUUUUGGAGAUCGUCCUCCCAAUAGCAUCUGCAGCGGUCGUCUUUUGCCUCGGCACUGCCAUCAUUUUAUUGAUGCGUAGAAGAAGGAAGUACUCUGAGCUACGGGAAGAUUGGGAGGUUGAGUUCGGGCCACACCGGUUCCCCUACAAGGAUCUGCAUCGUGCCACUGAAGGAUUCAGAAACAAGAACUUGCUUGGCGUUGGAGGGUUUGGGAGAGUCUACAAAGGUGUGCUUCCUAUUUCUGAUCUUGACAUUGCUGUGAAGAAGGUGUCACAUAACUCGAGCCAGGGCAUGAAGGAAUUCAUCGCUGAGGUUGCGAGUCUAGGUCGUCUCCAGCAUCGCAAUCUGGUGCGUUUACUUGGCUAUUGCCGAAGAAAAGGUGAACUCCUUCUGGUGUAUGAGUACAUGUCUAAUGGAAGUCUUGACAAGUACCUGUAUGAUCAAGACAAAAGACCAACUCUGAGUUGGCCUCAAAGGUUUAAGAUCAUCAAGGACAUUGCAUCUGGCCUACUCUACCUCCAUGAGGAGUGGGAGAAAGUAGUCAUCCAUCGAGAUAUCAAAGCAAGUAACGUGCUCCUCGACAGUGGGAUGAAUGGACGGCUAGGCGAUUUCGGCCUAGCAAGGUUGUACAACCAUGGCACAGACCCACAAAGCACUCAUGUGGUUGGUACAAUAGGUUACCUAGCCCCAGAGCUUGCACGCACAAGCAAGGCAACCCCUCUGACAGACGUCUUCGCCUUUGGUACAUUCAUCCUUGAGGUCACUUGUGGGAGAAGGCCUAUUUUCCAAGAUGCAAUUGGCAGCCAGAUUAUGCUGGUUGAUUGGGUGCUGGAGCAUUGGCGUGGAGGAACGCUUGCUGACACGGUUGAUGCAAACCUCCAUGGUGAUUUCAUUGUCAGUGAGGCGUGUCUGGUGCUCGAGUUGGGGCUCAUGUGCUCGCAUCCUUUUGUGAAUGCAAGGCCCAGCAUGCGGCAAGUGGAACAGUUCCUGAGUAAGGAGGUACCACUGCCAGAGCUGAGGCCUACCAACAUGAGCUUCCACAUGCUGGCACUAACGACGCAGAACCAAGGAUUUGACUCAUAUGUACAAUCAUAUCCAUCGUCUUCUAUGGCAAGCAUCAGUACAACUUCUCUAGCCCCUUAGUAGGAAGAUGGCUUGCGUGUUACCUUUUGUGCUUGUCCCACAAAAUAGUUAUGUAUAAAACAAUUUUGUUUCCCGGUUAAUAUAUCGCUCUGUUCGGAAGA